AUGAAGAUCUGCACCUUCUCCAUUCUCUGUGUGCUAGCUAGCAGCCUGGCAAACGCAGGUGUUAUCACCAACUUCGACGAACUAGCACGGCGGGCAGAGAAAAAACCUCAGGACAAAUUAGAAUUCGACCAACAAACCGAGUCAUUCAAGAAAACCGGUACAUGUCGACUUUACGAUGCAACCGGCGAUUCUGAAAAACGCAAAUCCAGCCCCGAUAUCUGCGAAGCAACUUGUGGAAAUCUGUCCGACAAAGUCCGAGACACCAACGCAACAGCUUCCAUGUCCUGCAGUUCUCUUGGCGCAGAAGCGAAGGAACGUCUUUGGCAACUCGACCCAGAUGGCGAUAAAUGGUCUCCAGGCGGCUGUCUAUGCCAGAUUCCACUUGCGGAAUUCAUAAUUGACACCGUGGCUGCGGCCCUACCACUAAUCGAUGAUGUUUUGUGUGUUGGCCUUACAACUGCGCUUCGAGAAACCAUGUUGUUGGCAGCAAACUUCAUUCCUAAUGUCGGGCCAACUGCUUCAGCAGGAUUAAGAAUCGCAGUUCAAACUGCAAAGACAGUGGCUGAUUAUGGUGGAACGGCGGCAGAUUAUAUGAAGUGGUUUAGCACUCCAUGUGGAGAAGGUACUGAGGAUAUCCAGGCCAAAGCGGAUGAAGCCUUCAACUUGAUGAGUUAUCUUCCCGAUGAGCUGGAACAAGCUUUAAGUUUGUGUCCUAUAGACAAGAAAUCGAAGUCGAGGAAGAAUGGAGAUCCCCCGCAACCUGGCGGUAGAAAGAAUGAUCAGCCUUCCGAAGAUAACAAGCCGACAAGUAAUCCACCGCCUCCAUCGAGCAAUCAACCUCCAGCACCAAGCUCAAACCCAGUUCCUUCACAGAAUUCGAAUCAACCUCCAUCCAGUCAGGCACCAGCCUCCAGCGUGGCUGCCAGUCCAUCAAGUCAAGCAUCACCUGCAUCGUCCGCAAGUCAACUAGCCAGUCCCUCAUCAACUGCAACUCCUCCUCCGAUAAACAACGCCCCUCCACCCGCACCCAUAGACCAAAACCGCCGGACCAGAAAACAACCAACUUCAAAAGCAAGCAGUACCGCCUCGAGCGCUUCAGCAGCAACAGCUACAACAGAGGCCGCCGAACCUGAAGAGUCUGAAGGACCGGUACCUCCUUGUGGUGAUUUAUCUGGUGCACAAGAUGUAGGUGAGAAAGUUCUCGAUGGCGCAGAUGUAUCGGGUUGUGCGGCUUCUACGACGGAGGCUGUGACUGGAGAGUCAGAAGCUGUGGCCACAGAGGCGGCGACGUUGACAGGGGAGUUGGAAGAAGAGGCUACCGACGCUGCUACCACUGAAGUUGACGAAUCUGCUGCAACUGAAGCUCCUACGACAACAGAGCUGAAAGAGGAAGCUCAGGAAACAGAAAUGGCUAUGGCCGAUACGGAGGAAGAAGCUACAAUGACAGAGGAAGAAGAAGAUACUCGAGCCACUGAAACGGGAGAGGAAGAAGUUUCAUCUACUACCACUGAAGAGGAAAGUGCGAGUACAGCUGAUCCUGAAGAGAAUAGCGAAACCGAGACCGCGGAGGAAGAGGAACUCGUUGCCUCAAUUGAGGACUCGGACGUAGAAAGUGGGAUGACUUCUGCUGAUACUGAAGCGAACGAGGUUGAUGUUGCGAAAAGAUGA